AUGACAAGUCUUCAAUUUUGGGCCGGUGUGACACAAUGUUUAAAAGUGUUUUCCCCUUUGGAGAAAGUCCUUCGAAUGGUUGAUGCGGAUUGGAAGUCCUCAAUGGGUUUUGUUUACGGGGAGCUUAAAGUAGCAAAAGAAAAAAUUAUGAAAGCUUUGGGUGGUAACGAGAAAGCUUACAAGCCUAUUAUAGGUAUCAUAAACCACAAGAUGAAAGAUGCAAAGACAAGUCGUGAUGAUAGAUUUGCCAAAAUACAAGGAAAAAUUGAUAGAUUUGGAGCGGAUCUUGCAAUUAAAGGUUGUAUGAUGAACAAUGUCGACUUUGAUCCGGCAAGAUGGUGGGGACUUUUUGGUGGCUCGGCUCCUCAUUUGAAAAGGAUUGCAAUGAGGAUUCUUUCUUUAACUAGUAGUUCAUCGAGUUGUGAAAGGAAUUGGAGCACGUUAGAAGCGGUACAUACAAAGAAACGUAAUAGAUUGGAUACAAAUAGAUUGAAUAAUCUUGUUUAUGUUCAAUUCAAUGCUAAUCUAAUGGGAAAAAACAAAAAGAGAAAAGAUAGGACUUUGGAAGUGCUUUUAGCAAAUGAUUCCCAAGCAGCUCAAGAAUGGAUGAUAGAUGGAGAUGACGGUGAUGGAGAUGAAGUUGACCCCGAAUCAGUGAUGGAAGCAAUUGAUGAAGCACUUGGGAAUAAUAAUAAUCAAGUACCCUAUAAAAAUUUCAACACCGAGAGAACUUUUUGA